UUAACUUAAUUUCUUUUAAUUUGGAGAUGGUUUAUCACAAACUCGAAGAAAUGGAGGACAAAUGGUGCAGAACUUGCCUACAAAAGGUUUCCUCAGAGUACUACGACUUGGAACACACAGAGCCGGAUGAAGUUGUAAGCAUCGGCACGAAACUUCAGUCUGUCGCCCCUAGCUUGGAUGUGAAUGUUGUAAUUGACGCCGUCAUUUGCAGUGCUUGUCUGCAAGUCAUCAACGCGGCGUACACGUUUCAGUCCCAAUGCUACACCGUCGAUAAACACAUUCGUGUGUAUUGCAGCCGUGCCAAAACAAAAACGCUCAUCUUUAAGGACUUAAUCAAUUUUAUCGAAUCACCACCCGUCACGACUGAGGUUAUGUUAAUUAAAGACGAAGACGUCGACAUGUCAAACACCACAAGUGCCAAAAGUAAAAAAUUGUACGACUGUACUCACUGUGAUCGUAGUUUUAGAUGGUUACGUAACUUGAAACGUCACUCGCUCACGCACAAUCAAUCGAAGCCGUUCACUUGUGACCAGUGCGAGUUCAGAAGUAAUCGAAAAGAUGCGCUACACAAUCACGUUUCUAACAAGCACGUCGACGCGGAUAAACCGUACAAGUGCGAGCACUGCGCUCUGUCGUUCGCCCAACGCUACACGCUAGCGCGACACAUGCAAACGCACGCGGAGGACAAGCCGUACAAGUGCGCCGACUGCGAUUUCAGCUGCAAGUUCGAGAGCUACCUCAAGCGGCACCUUAGCACGCACGUCGUCGGAAAAGCGCCGCGAUCCGAUCUCAAACCGUUCCGUUGCGACAUCUGUGAGUACUGCAGCUACGACCGGAAGGGCCUCAGGCGACACGUCAUGAUCCACACCGGCGAGAAACCAUACACUUGCGCCGAUUGCGAGUACAAAACGACGGAGAAGUCCAAGCUGGUGCGGCACCGGAAGACGCACGCGAGGGAGUUUCGGUGCGCCGUCUGCGAGUACAAGACGAGGUUCAAGGCGCAGCUGACUCGUCACGCCAGUGCCUUACAUUAAUUUUUUGUACUUUUAUCGAUUACAAA